AUGGAUUAUUGUAUAUUGCUGAAAUAUUGGGUCUAUGAUCAAAUAAAGAAAUUUAAUAAAAAUGGCAAAAAGGACAUUGAUGUCUUUGUACUUACUGAAAAACUAAGAAAAUUGCAAUAUACUAUUAGAAAUGAAGAAUCUGUUAAUUUUGAAUGUUACGAUGAUUAUAGUGAUUAUUUCAGUAAUUGGGAAGAGGAGAAAGCUUUAUAUGAGUAUUUUGUAAAUUUUAAAGAAAUAAUAGAUAGUUCUAAACCUGAUAAUACAGGGGAAAACAAGUACAUUCCUUACAUUCAAUAUAUUGUUAAACUAUACAAAAAAAAAACAACUGAAGAAGGUUGUUGUAAUACUAAGUGUCAUCAUCCUUGUGAUCAUUAUUUUAAUUGCGAUCCAGAGUAUGAUCCUGAAAAUCUCCUAUUAAAAUUAAAAGCUAAGGAAAAAGGUUAUGCAUUAGUAUCGUGUUAUAACAUUGGAAAAAAAUAUCCAAAUGUUGAAAAUAUAUUUAGGCCUACAAAAAAGAGGAAGAAUUUUAUUCUAAAAAGAUCGAAGCAGAAGGCAGAAGUAUCGGGGGAAAAAAUAUGCCAUGGUAUUAUUACGAUUCUGAGGCAGCUGAUGAGGAAGUAUCUCAUGUAG